AUGUGUCCUGCUUGCCCGGGGCCUUCCCGAGCCAGCGGCUCCCAGGGCGCACCUGUCCUCCCCCGCCUUCUCCGGGCAACACUUCCCCACUCGGCUGACCGGGCUGCCCGACCCCAAGCUCUGGUGUCCACCGAACCGCCUGUCACCCAUUACCCUGGGGACCCCGGCUCCGCAGCGCCCCAGGACAAGCCCAUCCCCCCACCCCUGGGCCAUGGCCUCCAGGCCACACCGGCUGCCCCAGGACCCUUGGCCUCUCCACUGCCCUCAGUCUCUCCAGCACUGCCCAGUCCUUCACCUUCACAGGCCCCUGCCCCCAAGACCCCCACACCCAGACCACCGCUGCCCCGGACCCUGCAGACCUGGGUCCCCAGCAGACCUCAGCCCCCUCGGACCCCGGCUCCAGGAGCCCCUGAGACCCGGAGUCCCCAGCUUCACAGACGCCUGCAUCACCACCCCUCCAGCCCCCUCCCGAGACCCAGGGCUUCCCAGACUUCGGCCCCCACCCCACCCGGGGCCUCUAGCCCCAGGGCAUCCCUCGCCCUCUCUCAAACCCUGGACUCCACAGCCUUCAUCCCCGUCCCCAGUUCCGGGGACCCCCGCAGACCCCGACCACCGGCCCUCACAGACCUCAAUACACCCAGAGGCUGCGACCCUCAGAGACCCCGAACCCCUACAGUCCCAGAGCCCCUAAGCCCCCAGUCCUCACAGACCGGGACCCCCAAAGACCCCGUGCCCCUGGCCCUUGCAGACCCCGGAGCCCCCAUCCCCCAGAGCCCCUGGCCCUACAAGACCCCGUCCCCCGGACACCCCGACCUUGGCAGACCCCGGAUCCCCAACCCCUCAGAGCCCCCAGCCGUCACACCCAUAACCCCGGGGCCCCCGACCUCGCAGACCCUGGACCCCCAGAGACCCCGUCCCCCCAGAGCCCCUGGCCCUGGCAACCCCGGAGCACCCGUCCCCGCAGCCCUCAGAGACCCCGGUCCCCCAACCCUCGCAGACCCCGAACCCCAAAGACCCCGUGACCCUGGCCCUCGCAGACCCCGGAGCCCCGGUCCCCCAGAGCCCCCGGCCCUUACAGACCCCGUCCCCCCAAAGCACCCGGCCCUCACAGACCUCAAUCCACCCAGACUGAGACCCUCAGAGACCCCGGACCACCAGAGUCCCCGAGCCCCUAAAGUCCCCAGCCCUCACAGACCCGGACUCCCAAAGACUCCGUCCCCCCAAAGCCGCUGGCACUCGCAGACCCCGGAGCACCCGUCCCCCCAGCCCUCGCAGACCCCAGUCUACCCGACCCUCGCAGACCCCAGACACCAAAGACCCCGUGACCCUGGCCUUCGCAGACCCGGAGCCCCCUCCCCCCAAAGCCCCCAGCCCUCACAGACCCCGGCCCCCCGGGGCCCCCAGCCCUCACAGACCCUGGACCCCCCCAAGCCCCCGUCCCCACAAAGCACCCAGCCCUCACAGACCUCAAUCCACCCAGAGGCUGAGACCCUCAGAGACCCCAGACCCCAGAGUCCCCGAGCCCCUAAAAGCCCCCGGCUCUCGCAGACCCUGGACCCCCGGAGCCCCCAACCCUCGCAGACCCCGGAUCCCCGGAGCCCCCGGCCCUCACAGACCCCGUCCCCCCAGAGCCCCCGGCUCUCACAGACCCUGGACCCCCGGAGCCCCCAACCCUCGCAGACCCCGGACCCCCGGAGUCCCCGUACCCCGGAGCCCCCGACCCUCGCAGACCCCGUCCCCCCAGAGCCCCCGGCUCUCGCAGACCCUGGACCCCCGGAGCCCCCAGCCCUCACGGACCCCAGAGACCCCGGCCCUCUCAGACCCCGGACCCCCGGAGUCCCCGUCCCCCCAGAGCUCCCGGCUCCUACAGAUCCUGUCCCCCCGGAGCCCCCGGCCCUCGCAGACCCCGGACCCCUGGAGCCCCCGGCCCUCGCAGACCCCGGACCCCCGGACCCCGAAGACCACGGCCCGCCGGACCCCCCGGCCCGGCUCGCGGAAGAGGGUGGUCGCAGGUCGUCGCUUACCGGCGCGGGGCUCCGCUUGCGCCCCCGGCCGCCGCCGCCCAGGCCCGAGCUCACCGCCGUCCCCCGACGACCCAGGCAGCCGCGGCCUCUCUGCCCGGCGCCGCCACCGUCCGCCGGAGGCGCCCCAGACGCCACCCGCCGUCGCCGCCGCCCGCCCGCCCCUGUGACGCAUUUCCGCUUCCGGCGCUCGUGCCCGCGGAAGCGGCCGCGCGGCAGCUCCCCGUUACGCCGGCCGGCCCUGGCCCCGCCCCUUGGGGCGGGACUUCCGGGAGGCCCCGGGUGA